AUGCACGUCAAACUAUGGGAAUUCCCCAGUAUUUCUUCCAAGAGCAGCAAAAGCAGUUGGCAGUCACAGAGAACUUGUCAGCUUAAGCACUUCAAUACUCGUUUGUUUGUUUGUUUGUUUGCAGGGCUGGGAGACAUUUUGCUGAUUAAUUCAAAACGUAGCAGCAAGAAGGCCACAACUUUACAGACGGUUAAGGUGCCAAGGAGCAAUGUUUUGGACCGAGUACAGAGCUUUUUACCACAGAUGGCCCAGGCAAAUGAUGAGCUCAAAAGAAAAAUGGUAACAGCACCUGCUCAUCAGUUUGAUAUUGAACAUCUAGACAGUGAAACAGAAAAAGUUAUAGAAAUGAAUGUGGCUGUAGUUGAACUGAGUGAUUCUGAUACAGAUGAAGAGUUGCUGACUUCAGAAGAUGACUCAGAAUCUGAUGAAGAUGACUCUGUAACUGAUGAAGUGACAGUGGACAACAUUAAGUUUCCUAAACAAAAGGGAGAAAAGGGCAAAAUAGAAAUUUUGGACAGCAAAGCAAAUGAGAAGAUAAGGGCAAGAAAGAGUUAACCAGGAAAGAAGCUUUGUUUUCAUAUUCCAUGUCCUGUGAAGUGUUAUAUACACUCCCUUCACUGUUAAACAUGAUCUUGCAGUACCCCAGAGGUAAGUCUACAGUGCAUUAAUGGCAGUGACUGCUCAACAGCGGAGCCGUGGCUGAGUUCAUUUCCAGCUGAGCCAGCCUGGACAGCCGUGAGUUCAGCAAAGGGUUACUUGGUACUUACCCUGUGUGCCUGCACUGGGCUCCACACCAGCACAGGGAGCUUACAGGCUCCUCUGGGAAGCCUUUGUGGCUGUGGUGCAAACACUCUCCCAUACUCAAAGGAUCAAGGCUGCCUCUGGGGUGUUAUGAUGGCUUUAAGCUACACUUUUCAUCCCCCAAUUUUCCAGUCUCCAUUUUGUUAACUGUCACUGACAGAAGGAUGAAAAGGUGACUUUUCAGCUGGCCUGUACUUAAGUUGGCUUGACACAAUUGUGAAACCAGGAUCAGUGAAAGUGUGUCCCAUUUAUACUUAACCUCACAUUGAUCAAAUACAAUGGUUUGGGCUAUUACAUUCACUUCAUAGAUCAGUCUGCAUUUCAGAAGUAUCUGUCAUGCUCCUGAAUGUCAUUGUUUCUUAAAGGAACUUAGUAUUUUCUACACCAUUAAAGUAAUAUUUUCGAUACUGUAUUUGCUCAAAUAUUACACUUAAUGUCAUGACUUGAAACCUGGAGUUACUUACAGAAUUUAUUUUGAAUCCUGUACCUGAAGUUCUAGUUUUAAUACCUGUUUCUGUAGUAUUUGUAGUAAGAAAUAACAGGGAUUCUAGUCUUUCUUUUACAAUGUGGCUUAAAUAUAAGAUGGAGACAUUUACUGAUUAAAUCAUGGAACAUUUUAGUGAAGGGGAAGGAUGGGGAUCAAAGAAUCAGACUGCUGUCUUUAAUAGCAGCCCACAGAUAAGUGAAGCUUUGGGUGUUUUUGCAUUCUAAGAGCAAGGAGUCUUAACAGGCUUAGUUAAAUAAGGUCUCAAUCUAUAGAAAAUUUCUUCCAAACUGAAAAAAGUUUGAAAGCCAACAUCUGACCUUGGUCAUCUAACAAGGGAUUUUCCCAGAGAUUAAAAAGAACCCAAAAGUGUGAAAUACAAAGUAAUAAUCAUACAGUAUGAAACAGUGAUUACAGUCCAUGUGCAGAGACACAAAAUGUGAUUUUAAUCCAUUAAUGUAACCACCUUUCAAACUGCAGGCAGAGCACACAUUCCAUAUCAACAAAAAUGUAGAAAAUAUUUUCAGUUACUUUAGCUUGAUAUGCAUAGUUUAACACCAAUAUUGAACUCUGUAUGUACUAUACAAAGAUCAUAGUAAGUGCACUUCCUUGCAUUGAUUUACUUCUUAUGGCACAAAGGUUUUCUGUACUGCUGAAAAGUCACCAGAGCAGAGUGUUUAAUUGCUACUGUAAAGCCUGAACUGGUUUUUAGCAAAUAUGGCAUAAUCAGUAUAUUCUAGUUCAACUUUGGAAGCCUAAUGACUAAAGAUUUAAAAUUAUCAUGUAAAUAUUAUGUCACAGAAAUAUGAAGUAGGUGUGUGAGAACUUAACUCUUCAGUUUUGUUUAAAAAAAAGAAACUGAACCAUAUUCUUGGGGGGUUUUGGUGGGGGGAUGAUGGGAAGAAAUUGUGCUACCAACUGUUGCUGCUGCAUAAUUUAAAUAACUUCAGGGUGAUUUCCAAAAGCCAUUGUCUGUCAGACUAAAAUCUGGUCCUAAUUUAUAGAAACUUAUCCAUGAAUGAGUAUUUUACUUUGUUCUUUUGGUUGUAGCAUUGCAGACAGCAUAUCCUAGGUGUGGGAUUGAGUGCUUGGUGUGGUAAUCAAGAUUCAAACUCUGCUGACAGUCUGCUUCCCAAGUGAAGCUGUUACUUUAAUAUUCCACAGUGAUGGCUUUGGUUCUGAGAUAUUCAUGAAGAGCUUCUUCACCUGUACAAGCACAAUAUUCACCUGUUAGAACAGCAGCUAAAUGAAUUUUGUCAAACUGUAACUAUUACUAAGAAAAAAUUUUAAACACUGGAGCCAAUAUUUGAGUUCUUAAGGAACAAUGAAAACUAAUUACUUUCCCACUGUGAUUUACAGACCUGGUUUGACAAGGGGCCAGACCCAACAGAUGUGGAAGAAAAAGGAACUAGAUUUAACAAGCAGCUCCCCAAGCAGCAGCAGUCUUUAGAUGGCCACUGGGGGCUCAUAGGUGUAUUUAUGAACUUUGCUUCUCCUCUAUUAAAGGUCAGAGGUAGAGAAGCUGUGUGAAAAUCAGUAAUCUUUUUUUCCCUGACAUCAUGACUGAUUGUGGUUUCAGGAAGUGUCUUUGGAGAUUCCAAAAGCAAAAAUCUGUUGUGUGAAUGAAAUUUGAUUUUCCUUUUUUCUCUGCCAUGAAGCUUGAGCUGUCCAGACUUGCAAAGCUUCUUUGACAAAAUAAACUUCACUUUUCUACAAA